AUGGAGCAAAUGUUCAAAGACGACUCUCCGAAGGAAGUCUUCAAGAAACCCGAAUCUGAACAGUUUCAGACCCUGGCCCGUGAAUUAGAUCUCGUAAAAAGCGUUCUCGCUGACGAUGCCAAAAAUUACCACGCCUGGCAGUAUCGUCGAUGGCUAGUUGACUUCUUUGCGAUUCCACCGUCAAAUGAACUGGAGUUCUGCGGCACUCUUCUACGAGAAGACAUUUUCAAUAAUUCUGCGUGGAAUCAUCGCUUCUACACAGUGAUUGAGGAAGGCCUGGACGGCGAAAUUUUCGACAGGGAGUUUCGGUUUGCGACGGAUGCUAUCCGUGCCUAUCCCAAUAACCAGAGCGCCUGCAAUUAUCUUAUCGGCAUCCUCUCUCCUCUGCCUCGAUUGACCUCCGACGAGUCGGGUCAGUUGACAGCAGCCGAUGAUCUUCCGUCGGAGGCCAAUCUUCUGCGGGUCCGCGAAUUCAUUGAGGACACUAUAGUCAAAGACAUAUCCGGUGCCGCUGAAUCACCGGCUCUUCUUUCCCUCCUGGUGGAAGUGCUGUACGACUUUUUGCGCAUCCUUCACAAAAAGUGUGGCGGAAAAGCCGCUAAUGCUGCUGGCGUGGGGGACGCGGAGAAGGCCGAGGACAUUGUCCGCCAACUCAUCAGCCUAUGUGAUCGCCUGGCGCUGGAGCUCGACCGGGUACGCGCUAACUACUGGCGAUAUCGGUACCGCCAGGUAGAAAAAAUGGCAGCCGAGAUGAACAUACAGUGCGCCCAAAAUUGA